AUGGGCAUUCACAACAUGGGCAUGUGUCAGUUCGCGGUCUCCGAAGUUCAAAACUAUUAUCUGCCACGUUAUUCAAGUCAGAGGACAUCCAGAUCAACGAACCUUAGCGUCUCAUCUUCACACUCGGUCUCGUCCGGCGACUCUCUUGAUCAACAUGUUGGUGAUAAAAGAAAGUUCCACCAUCCUCGAAAUGUCUACAACUCUUCAGUAUACAAAACGCAGUUUUGCAGAGCUUACAAGGAGAGCGGAUUUUGUCAAUAUGGCAAAAGUUGCAGAUUUGCGCAUGGAGAUAAGGAAUUGCGAAUUCAGGAGGUAAGUCAACAUCUUUUUGAUUUUUUUAAAUGAUUUUAGGUAUCUUAAUAAGCUGUUUAUGGAUUAUCAGAAGUUAAACAAAGUUUUCUUGCUGUAGAAAAGGGUAUUUAAUGAUUUAGAGCGCAGUGAGGGCCGAAAAUUUGAGUUUCGGAUAUUGAUGUAGGAUGAGAUUAUUGUAAACGGCGUUAUUAUGCUUUUCGCAAGUUAGAGACUGAGUAUACUUCACUUUAUGUUGGCAAUCACCAUAUUCUUGCUACAGAGAAAGAAUUUUUGGUAUUUAGAACACUGGGAGCUUAAAAAUCAGUGUUUUAUAUUGUUUUAGGUGUCCAAUGUCUUUUUGUCGUAUUUUUUGAGUUUUUUUAAUCCUUUUAUUCAAUUUAUAAUUUUAUAGAAGGAGAAAGUAUGUAUUUUGCUUAGAAAUUAAGUUUGAUGUGUAUAAACUUCGGUAUUCUAAGUUAAUAAAUCAUUUUAGAUUCAGCUGCACCCCAAGUACAAGACCGAGCACUGUCGCAACUUCCAAAUGAAAGGACAUUGCCAUUAUGGUGUGAAUUGCCAAUUCAUUCACGAGGAGUCGAGGGAAGAGAUUGAAGUGAGCCGUUUUCACCUGGUUUCGAAAGUCAGUUACAACCGGGAUCAGGAUGUGGACAGCAUGGUGGAAUUGACCACACAGGUUUUGCAGAUCUGCAACAUGGCGUAAGUUUGAUCUUAUAAGCUGCAAAAUAUAUUGAAGGUUAUUUUGUCAAAGGUUGGCAUGAUUUUGUCCUGAAUUUCUGGUUUUUUAGAGACAAAGUAUAUUACUAUUGAUAUUAUGUUAGAUUUUAAAUGUUUUUCGAUAAUAAUCUUUUAAAAUUAUACGUUUUAGGCUUAACACAUUUGACAUCGAUCUACGCCAAGACCCAUUUGCCGGUAUAUAUUGGAAUAAGAACGUUCCACGCGAGUUUUAG